AUGGCUCAACAGCGGAUUGCUAUAGAGCCAUUAGCCCGCCGUCAUCACUUCGGGCACGUACGUCAUACUUCGGGUGCUGGUGUUCAGCACAGCUGUUGGUUUGCCCCAGACACAGUCUGUUACAUUCGUGGUGUUGAGCCCGUCGAGGGCACACUCUCCUGGGUUGGACAUAAUGCGGGCUGUUGGACGAAAACACCGCAGCACUGA